AUGUCACCAAGAUCAUCACCGAGAGAUAUGGAAUCUAAUGAAUACAGAGAUUCACGAAUUGGUUCGAUAAACAAACUCACAAAUUCGUUUGAUAAUUUAACCUUAAGUUUGUCUGACCAAUCGACAACUGUAUCACCACUAGCACGUCAAGAUAAUUUAACUCAAUAUACACCCAUGAUAUCUAUGUUCAGCAAAAUACUAAAUUUAAAAGAUCCUUCAGUGAUACUUGAAUGUGAUAAAAACUCGAAAUUGUUGAAGAAAAUUAGGGAUAAUAGUGCUACACCACAAGAAUUAUUCUCAAAAGUGAUAAUACCUUGGGAUUUAUGGUUAAAAAAUGAUUUAGUUAUCAAAGACGUUAAAGUCAAAAUAACAAUGUUAAGCGAAAUUAAUGGGAUGAUGGAAACAGAAUUACAAAAUUUAUUAAGCAAUACAAGUUUUGAAGAAAUUACUUUAAACUACUACUCAAAGUUAUUAAUUGCUUAUAAAUUUUACGAUUCACCUUUAAAGGAAAAACUGAACAACAACAUUAAAAGUAUCGGGAAUAAUAUGUUCAUGAUCAGUUCAACAUUACAAGAAAAUGAUGAAGAGGAUGAAGAGUUCAACAGUGUCGGUAAACCAAUGUAUCGUACAAUUUCCAACAAAUCAAAUAUAUCGAAUAAUUCAAAUAAUAAAAAUAGGCGUAUGAGUAAUGGAAGCUCAAUAUCCAAAAGAAGAUUUUCUUCAUUUUUGGGUGGUAAUAAUAACACUGGGAAGCAAAGUCAUAUUUCAUCACCUGAACAUAAUGAAAUGAAUAAGAAUUCUAUAACCCCUCCUCAACUAUCAAGUUCUAGAUUUCCUUCAAAUCAAGACAAUAUAAGCCCUACAUCACAUCAUAAUGAGCAACUUCAGAGUCCUCGUCAAGAAAGCAACAAUAAUAACAACCACAACUAUGAAUCUUCAACUUCGUUAUCAUCUUCCUCAACUUUAAACUCAAUACUAUCAAAACUGAAACUUUAUAACAGAAUGAAAAAGAAUACAAACAGAGAAUCAACAUCCUCUGUAAAUUCCAACUUAUCGAAUCAUAGUUGGGGUAGUAAUAGAAGCAGUAUCAGCACAACAAAUACCGGUACAACAUCAAUUGGUUCAAGGCGAAGAAGCAUGGGAUUGAAGAAUACUGGUGGUGCAAACAGUCAAAAUAAUUUAAAUGGUGCUCAAUUCUCAUUAUCAAAUAACUCAAACAGUUCGGGUACUAAUUCUAGUGUUUCAUCGUUUGUAUCUGCUAGUACUAUUAUUCCGACACCGAUACAGACUAGUAAUGAUGAAGAAUUGCAAAAAUUGAAGGACAUAUUGAAGGACAAAAGUGAUUAUUAUUUACAAGUUUCAAAACUUAACAAUAUCAUUUUGACAAUUUCAAAAUACAUAUAUGAUGGACCGGCUAAUAAUAACGGAAAAUUAUUCAAAUUUUUAGAGUUCAUAAAAAAAUAUUUAUUUAAAUUCAUCAUCAUUGAUCUAUAUACAAUGAUAACCAACUAUGUUGAAUUUUAA